AUGGACCUGGUGGAAUUGGAGGCAGUGGAAGGGCUCCGAUGGACGUGGAAUUCGUGGGUGGCGGAAGGGACGAAUCUGGUGAUACCUCUGAGCAUAAUGUGCAGUCCCAUGAUGUUGAGUGAGGUCCCUCUUCUCCCAUACAAUCCUCUCCUCUGCUCCCGAUGCGCCGCCGUUUUAAACCCCUACGCACGCCUCGACUACCAGUCCCGCAUCUGGCACUGCCCCUUCUGCUCCCUCCGCAACCCCUUUCCUCGCCCCAUCGCCGACACCAACCUCCCUGCAGAGCUCUUCCCCACCUACAGCACCGUCGAGUACUCUCCUCCUCUCCCUCCCUCCUCUCCCUCUCCUUCUCCCCCUGCCUUCGUCUUUCUCCUCGAUAUCUCCUCCCCCCAAGACCAACUCCUCUCCCUCAAGAACGACCUCCUCCUCCUCCUCCACCACCUCCCCGACCACGCCCUCGUCGCUCUCCUCACCUUCGACUCCAUGGUCUAUCUCCACCAUCUCGCCUCUCCCCACUGUUCCUCGCUCCACCUCUUUCACGGCAACCGCAAUCUCUCCUCCAAUCAGAUCCGACAGUUCCUCAACAUUGGCCGCCCCCACCCGCUGCAUCAUGGACAGACGCCCAAACAGGGUUUUCUGUUGCCAAUUUCCGAAUGUGAAUUCUCCAUCACUGCUGCAAUUGAAGACAUCCAUUCUACAUUCGUCUUCACUUCCGGCACUCGCCCUCCAAGGUGCACCGGGGCUGCCAUUUCCGUUGCCCUCGGACUUCUAGAGUCCUGCCUCGUCACCACAGGCUCCAGGAUCAUGCUCUUCACCUCCGGACCUGCUACUCUCGGACCCGGAAUCGUUGUUGAUCCUGAUCUCCGCCAUCCCAUCAGAACCCACCAUCACAUCUUCAAUUCCCAAGCCAGACACCACGCUAGCUCUUGCGCUUUCUAUAACCAACUCUCCCAGAGGUUAUCUGACGCCUCUGUUGUUCUUGAUCUCUUUGCUUGUUCGCUCGAUCAAGUUGGGGCCGCCGAGUUACGAGAACCGGUUGAGCAAUCUGGUGGAUUGAUGAUUCUCUGCGAAUCCUUCGAAUCUGAUCAGUUCAAGAAAUGUCUCAGGCAUAUGUUCAAGUCUGACGAGCAGGGCCAUUUGAAGAUGAACUUUGAUGCCACUAUUGAAAUAGUGACUACCAAAGAUGUCAAAAUCUGUGGAGCACUUGGCCCUUGUGUGUCUCUUCACAGAAAGAACAGUUUGGUGAGUGAGGCUGAGGUUGGACAGGGUGGUACCUCUAUGUGGAAGUUAAACACGCUCACCCACAAAACUUGCAUUGCUUUUUUCUUCCAAGUGAAUCAGCAGCAGAAAAUUCAACCCGGGUCUGCAUUUUUGAUUCAGUUUAUCACGCGGUACAGGCAGGGGAACAUGGGAUACCAGAAAAGAGUGACCACUGCUGCAAGACGAUGGGUUGCCAACCAUUCUGCUGAUAUUGCUGCUGGGUUUGAUCAAGAAGCCGCCGCUGCAGUUAUGGCAAGACUUGCAAUUCUCCGUGCACAGUCAUGCCAUGCCCGUGAUGUAAUUAGAUGGCUGGAUGACGCGCUCAUACGUUUUACUUCCAAGUUUGGGGACUAUGUGCCAGAAGAUCCAUCUUCCUUCCGCCUAUCCUCCAACUUUUCCCUUUAUCCCCAGUUUAUGUUCCACUUGAGGCGAUCUCAAUUUAUUGAUGUCUGUAACACUACUCCUGAUGAAACUGCGUUUUUCCGGCUCAUGCUGAACCGCGAGGGAGUAGUAGGAUCACUUAUAAUGAUUCAACCUACGCUUUUCCAAUAUUCGUUCGACGGGCCACCUGUUCCAGUACUGCUAGAUAUUCGUUCUGUUUCUCCUGAUUUUAUCUUGCUCUUUGAUUCUUUCUUCUAUGUGGUCAUUCAUUAUGGGUCCAAGAUAGCCCAAUGGAGGAAGCUGGGUUAUGAUAAGGACCCCAAUCAUGAGAACUUCAGAAAGCUGUUGGAAGCCCCAGAACUGGAUGCAGAGCAACUGGUGGCGGACAGGGUUCCAGUGCCGAGGAUUAUUAGAUGUGACCAACAUAGCAGUCAGGCUAGAUUUCUUCUCGCCAAGUUGAACCCAUCUGUUACUCAAAAUUCAACCUACACAGAUGGAUCGGAUAUUAUAUUUACUGAUGACAUGAGCUUGGAAGUUUUUCUAGAUCAGUUGCAGGUACUGGCAGUGCAAAGCUAG